GGCCCCUGAGUUGAGGAAGGCCCUGGAGGGGCUGGAGCAGGUGCAGAGAAGAGCAGCGAGGCUGGGGAAGGGAGUGGAGCACAAGUGGUGUGAGGAGAGGCUGAGGGAGCUGGGAGUGUUGAGGCUGGAGAAGAGGAGGCUCAGGGGAGACCUCCUGACUCUCUGCAAGUCCCUGCCAGGAGGGUGUAGCCAGGUGGAAUUGGUCUCUUCUGCCAGGAAGCAGCAGCAGGACAAGAGGGCUGGGUCUUGAGCUGUGCCAGGGGAGGUUUAGGUUGGAUAUUAGGAAGGAAUUCUUUCCUGAGAGAGUAAUCAGCCAUUGGAAUGGGCUGGGCAGGGAGGGGGUGGACUCACCGUCCCUGGAGGUGUUGAAGGUGAGAGUGGAUGUGGCAUCAGUGCCAUGGUCUGGGAAGCAUGGCAGGGUUGGAUUCAGGGUUGGACUUGAUGAUCUUGGAGGUCUUUUCCAACUUGGCUGAUUCUCUGAUUCCCAUUCCUGUGGCAGCACAUGCUUGAGGCUCUAUGCACGGGGUGACAGAGGUGUCUGUCCAUAUAUAUCUACAAAGUUAGUCUGCAAAUGUGUGGCGUUAGAAAAGUAGGAUAAGUUCUGAGAUGGUUCUAGAAGGAGAAAGAAGCUCACAGCCCAGUCCAAACAGGCAACCCUCAGCUUGCACAUCAUCUCCCCUCUCUGCAGGUUCAUGUCCUUGAGCCCAGGCCCUGAGGUGAACCUGAGAAGUGGGGUGGAGGUGAGCCCAGAGGUGUCCCUGAGGUGAGCCUGAGAAUAAGUGCAAGGCAGAGGUGCUGCUGAGGAAGGAGAGCCCCGUGGUGGGGAAGAGACAAAGCUGUGAGUGCCCAUCCCCGAGCAGGUGCUGUCUCCAUCCCCUGUGUGCCAGGAUUUCUCCUUCCCAAAGUUUGGGCGGAUGGAGGAGGAGGCUGCGAGGAAGAGGAAGAUGCCACGGGCCCCCCAGACAGGCCCCGAGCUGAGGAUGGAGAGCACAGAGGACAAAUCCCCCCAGCAGAACCUGGUGGGAGAGGCCAUUUUGAACAGCUCCACGGUGCAGGAAGGCAGCGGGGAGGAAAAGGGCUGGAGAUCCCCCCGGAGGAGGGGCUCCAAAGCCAACCUGGGGUGCUCUGAGGAGGAAAGACCCAGCCUGUGCUGGGAAGGAGGCCAGAGCUUGAGCCGGAGCUCCGACCUGGUAGUCCCUGAGCAGCCUCCCAGCAGGGAGAAGCCCUUCAGGUGCUUGGAAUGUGGGAAGAGCUUCAGACAGAGCUCCCACCUCCUCACCCACCAGCAUAUCCACACUGGGGAACGGCCCUACACAUGUAGUGAAUGUGGGAAGAGCUUCAGGAACAGCUCCAACCUCCUCACCCACCAGCGUAUCCACACUGGGGAACGGCCCUACACGUGUGGGGAAUGUGGGAAGAGCUUCAGCCAGAGCUCCAAGCUCCGCAUCCACCUGUGCCUCCACACUGGGGAACGGCCCUAUCCUUGUGGGGAAUGUGGGAAGAGCUUCAGUGACAGCUCCACCCUGAUCCGACACCAGCACAUCCACACUGGGGAACGGCCCUACAUGUGUGGGGAAUGUGGGAAGAGCUUCACUGACAGCUCCAGCCUGAUCCGACACCAGCACAUCCACACUGGAGAACGACCGUACUCGUGUAGGGAAUGUGGGAAGACCUUCAUCCGAAGCUCCGACCUCCUCACCCACCAGCGCAUCCACACCGGGGAACGGCCCUACACGUGUGGGGAAUGUGGGAAGAGCUUCAGCCGGAGCUCCAACCUCCUCCCCCACCAGCGCAUCCACACCGGGGAACGGCCCUACACGUGCUUGGAAUGUGGGAAGAGGUUUAGAACCAGCUCAGAUCUCCUUAUGCAUGAGCGGACACACACGGAUGAGAGGCCCUUCCGCUGCACUGACUGUGGGAAGGGCUUCAAGCACAGCUCUCACCUCAUCACCCACCGGCGCAUCCACACCGGUGAGAGGCCCUACAAGUGUGAGGAAUGUGGGAAGAGCUUCACCGACAGGUCUGACUUCAACAAACACCAACGGACCCACCGGUAAGGGAAGCCCUGUGAGUGCCCCGACUGCAGGAAGAGCUUCAGCCGCUGCUUCCACCCCGAAUGAACCCCCUGAUGGUGAGGCAACCCCUGGAGUCCAGUGACUGUCAGUCCAUCCCUUUCGACCAGAAAGGGAUAGUCCCCUUUCACAGGGGCAGCUUCUGCCAACAGAACCCUUCCUGGGGGGUGUGUGGAGAUUCCUGCCUUGGCUGGGGACCCCCCCAAGGUCAGUCCUGGAGGUUGAGAGCAGAGAUCUCCCCAUGAACAUUGGCCUGGGGGAGUUGCAUCCAUCUCUCAUUAAGAAUUCUUGCUUUUGUGUCAGCUUUAGUAGAAUGGCUUCAACAAUUGCUUUAGUGUAGAGCACUGUCCUGUCUUAUCCUGUGUGGGAAAACAACUGAACUGUAGACAGCUUAAGCCUUGAAUUUGAGCAGUUACAGCUGUGAGGUUGUAAGAGAAUGUAAACAUUGAGGAUGAACAAGCAGAAAAGGAGAAAGAAUUGCAGUAAAUAACAGCUGUUAUUUAGAGAUUUGCCAGCACGCGAGGGGAUGAGCUUGGACGCGUGGACAAGAACACAUAACCAAUGAGAUAUGGUAUAUUUGCACGUGGACAGAAGAAAAAACUAUGAAAUUAAGCCUGCUGUAAAUAAAGUAUUGGUUGUACCUUGCCUGCUAACUUACUGUCUGAGUGCAUUCUUGGCUGUUGUCAAUUGGUGAAACCCUAACGUGAUUUAUUGCAAAGAGGACCGCGGAGAUAGAGCGAUGACGACGGAGCCCAACGUAGCGAUAGUCAGUGGAUCUGAGAGCCAAAGUCCGGACCUAAUUAUUUACAGACACCUGGAGAGAAGGUGAGCUGUUGGAAACAGAAUGGGAGCGUAAAAUACUACAGAGGAGAAGUCAAUUGUGACUGUAUUAACUAAUACACUAGAGAAACGUGGUGUUAAGUAUGAAGAAGGAGCGCUCUGCAUCUUGCGUAGUUGGUGCAAAUGAAAUGGGGUAGAUGCUCAGACUGCAUUUUUUAUAGACAUUUGGCAGGCUGCCGGGAAGGUGCUUUUUGAUGCAGCCACUGACUCUCUUAAGCAUGCUGCCAGUGUCCUGAAACCAUGGCGAACUGUCUUUGAAACCUUAAAAGAUGACGCUUCUAAAAAGUCACCACUCUUCAAGCUAGAAAAUGAAGAAAAAUCUAGCAAUUCACCCCUGGAGGCAGUGAAGGGAGAAGACCCCCUCCCCCUCGCCGCUAAUACGAGACUUUUUGGCCGUGUGGGUAGGGCGGUGUCAUGGUUUGAGAGCCUCAGAAAUCUAAUUCCCUAGUCCUAAGCCCCUUCCCACAUCUCAACCUAAUGUGGGAUGAUUUUUUUCCAGACAAAACACGAGACUCAGAAUGGGGGAAAGGGAAUAUAUAUUACAAUGAUUGUACAAAUAAAUAAAUAUUAUAAUACAUUAUACACACGAUCUCAACUAUCUCUACCAUGACAUAAGUAUUUACAAUGGAUCAGAUCUCUUCUCCCCUCCAAAUAAAAGUCCAGGAGGGAAGAAGGACAGAUCCCUUCCAGUCUCUGAGCAGCAGUAUCUUCUAAGGCAGCAGGUUCUCUGUGUCUUCCAUGCAGCAUUUGGAGCUGGAUCUCUGCCAACACACACGAGGGAGGCCUCCAAGCCCCUCUCGACCCCUUGACGCAGGAAAAGGGGUCUUCCGUGGGCUGCGUUCACCCCAGACAAAGGUCGUUCCGCUGUGGUCAUACCACGAAGCACAGGGGGUCUUCGUGACAGUCUGGUAUCUUCAGGGGACUCAAGCCCCUUGCAGAGCUUCUGUGCCCUGCCUCAAGAUGGCUGCGAGCUUCUUUGUAGCUUGCAGCAAGGGAGGGCCCCAAGGUCAACCUCCUACACACCAUCCUGGCUGAGCUCUCAGGACAACCGAGCUUCUUAGCUCCUUUACUCCAUUUAGGACUUCUAAUCAGUAAGAGUCCACCCCCUUCAUUUUGGAGGGAUCUCAAAGAAAGUUUAGGGGAGUUUUGCAGUUCUUACCCCCAAACUCUGUCUCUCUGCUGCUAGCUCUCUUUCUCAGCUCUCCUUCCAGGAGUUCUCUUUCUUGCUGCAUGCUUGUUUUGCUGCUCUCUUGUCUUUUGGCUCUGUGCUGCCGCUUUUUCUACGGUCAAUGCUAUCUGCUGCUACUCCUGCCACUGCCCACGGUGGAGAAACAUCUCCCAGCUUAACUACAGACACUUUGCCCAGUCUAACACUGUUCCAAGUCUCUGCAGUUCCAGCCAAGGGACUGGGAGGCUGGAGCCCCCCCAGAGGGGCUCCUGCUCUCUCUCCUCGUGGUCUUACAACAUGGUCACUUCUUCUCCAACCAGACUACAGCUCAUCUCUUCCGGUCUGGUUGUGGUAUGUUUAUGUUUCGCAGGAGCGCAGAUUGGUUCAAAUCUCCAGUGUCACCACCCCCUGGGGGUUACCACUUUCUUAGCUUCAGGGGGAAAACCUGGUUCAAACCACUACAGGCAGGAGCGCCCGGGAGCUGAUGACAGGGCAACCCGGCGGCAGCAAUGCAAGAAAAAACCAGGAACAGAGCAGCCCCGGAGAAGUGCUACAACUCCUGCGGGGCUGCGUUACUUCUUGUUGAGAGGGGGGAAGGCGAGGGAGUGUACCUACCUUACUGUAUUUCUGUUAACUCUCGUGUUAAUUGUGUUGUCUGUCCAAUGUGUCGUUGUGAACUCAGAGUGUUGCUAAUGGUAUCGUAAUAACUUAUCUGUUAAGCUGGGUUUUUUUCUUGGACCCUUCAGUGAUAGCGUGUGCCACUUGGCUGUUUCUCCCCCCCCUUCCCUGGAGGCUGGGUGGGGGGGGAGAGCUGGUAGCAGCUGCGGCAGCUCUCGGCUGUUUCUCGUGUCCAAACACAUUCCUCCAUCUGCAGCCACCUCUCCUUUUCACACUUUUUUCCUUAAUAAUGUUUACUUGUUCUCUUACAAGGCCACAGCUGUAUUUGCUUGAGGUCAAAGCAGCAGCCCUACUUUGGGAGAACUUUGAUGCAAGGGAAGAGAGAGAAGUGGGGAGGUGAAUGAAUGAAUGUUCUGCGGAGUGGACGCACAGCAGUGGAACUGUUAGACCUAUUUAAUAAUUUCAGUAUCUAUAACUUUAGUUUUGAUAACUUUAAAAAAAGGAAAUUCUUUAUAUAGUGCAUUUUGUGCUUUAGGCCAACAAACACCAAAUCCUAAGUGCAUGUGUACAAUUAGAAGCCUUCACAUGCAUGCUACAGUUGAGAUUUAAAGAAAAAAAAAGUUAAAAAUAAUAUUAAUAAAAAGAGAGGAAAAAAGAGAAAAGGAGAAAGAGAACAAAACAAAAUCCUUAAUUUGAUCCCAUGUGUGGGGGAUGUAUGCUUUGCAUUGAAAGACCUGAGAUGCAUUCCAUUUCUGCCAAUGCAGAAGCUGUCUAUUAAAAAUCCUGGAAGGAAACCAGUGAAUACUAAGCAGCACAAGGCCUGCCCAAAUGUCACGUAGAAGAAAA